AUGGCAUUAGAAAUCCCUUCUCACGUAAUCGUCUUUCCAUUUCCGGUCCAGGGCCAUGUCAACUCCAUGCUAAAACUCUCCGAGCUCCUCUGCCUAUCUGGAAUCCACGUCACAUUUCUCAAUUCCGACCAUAACCAUUGCCUUUUCUCAACCUCGGACAUCCGGUCCUAUCUCCUCUAUCGCUAUCCCGACCUCUUCAAUUUCGCCACCAUCUCCGACGGACUUUCCGAUGAUCACCCUCGCUCUGGUAACCGAAUAAAGGACCUUUUCAAGGCCAUUGAAAUUACCCUUAUUCCCUUAUUCAAGGAUAUGCUAAUCUCCGGUAGGUUAAACUUAAAAUUCGGGUGUUUUCCGACAUGCAUUAUUAUUGAUGGUACAAUGUGCUCUGCCAUUAACGUUGGAAAAGAUAUGGGGAUUCCGGUAAUUGUUUUCCGCACUAUUAGCGCGAGCUGCUUUUGGGCUUUCUUUAACAUUCCCAACCUCAUUGAAUCUAAUGAGAUUCCUCUCAAAGACAAUUGUGACAUGGACAAAUAUGUAGAAAGUGUUCCCGGAAUGGAAAAGAUACUCCGAUUGCGCGACUUGCCCGGUUUCUGUAGAGCUGCGGAUUCAUCAGACUUCGGCUUACAGAUGAUGAUGAACCAAACUCAGCUCACGAUCAACGCGCAUGGCCUGAUCUUGAACACGGCUGAAGAAUUAGAAGAAGAAGCACUAACUCAAAUACGUCGCCUCAUCCCUAAUGUCUACACCAUUGGCCCCCUCCAUGCACUUCUCAAUUAUCGGCUGCCAUUAACAACUCGACCUUCAACUAGCCUAUGGGAGGAAGACCGGAGCUGCAUGGCGUGGCUAGACUCGCAACAUCCAAGGUCAGUUAUUUACGUCAGCUUCGGGAGCAUAGCAGUUAUGAAAAGCGAAGACAUUGUUGAGAUCUUGCAUGGUUUGGAAAACAGCGGCCGACCUUUCCUAUGGGUGUUUAGGCCGAAUUCAGUGCAUGGAGUUUGGCCGGUUCGCGAACUAGGAUCUAUUGGUGUGAAGAAACAGGGGUAUAUGGUGGAGUGGGCGCCACAAGAGGAGGUGUUAGCACAUCCAUCGGUGGGAGGGUUUUUAACUCAUAGCGGUUGGAAUUCAACAUUGGAAAGCUUGGUGUCGGGUGUGCCGAUGAUUUGUUGGCCAUACUUUGGCGACCAACAGGUUAAUAGUCGUUUUGUUGGGGAGGUGUGGAAAACAGGACUCGAUAUGAAGGACUUGUGUGACCGAAAGGUGGUGGAGAAGAUGGUUAAUGAAUUAUUGGGAGUAAAGAAAGACAUGUUUUUGGAGUCCACUAAAGUGAUGGCAAAGCUUGUCAACAAGUCUUUGGUUAUGGGUGGAACCUCGUCUAAUCAUCUAGACCGCUUGAUUAAUGACAUCAAAGUGAUAGUCAACAAAUUCAAUUAA